UCUCAAUCGGUUGAUCGGCUUCUAGUUUAGGGUUUUAGCUCUCAAAGUUAAAACCUUUUGUUUCUCUCAUAUCAGAAGAAGAGAUCAACACGCCGAUCGGUUAAUCGAAUCCAUGGCGGCGAUGAUGGCUAUGAGACUCCCGGCGAUAGCGAGAGCCGCGACGGAAAUGGCUGCGGCUCCCGUUGGAUUGAGACGUCUCUUCAGUACGAACGCUACAAACUUUUCGUUCCUUUCUCCACAGGCUAAUACCGAAGCUCCGGCUCGUCCUCAGGCGGAUCCCAGCACCAAUCUCUUCGUCUCCGGGCUUAGUAAGCGUACCACUUCUGAAGGUCUUAGGACAGCUUUUGCUCAGUUUGGAGAAGUUGCUGAUGCCAAAGUUGUCACAGACAGAGUCUCAGGAUAUUCAAAAGGGUUUGGCUUUGUUCGUUAUGCCACCUUAGAAGAUUCUGCUAAAGGCAUUGCUGGUAUGGAUGGCAAGUUUCUUGACGGCUGGGUCAUAUUCGCAGAGUAUGCAAGACCAAGAGAGCCAUAUCGACCUCACAACAACAUGCCUCCUCCUUCUUCUCCUUAUGGUAACCGCUAUUGAAACAAGACUCUUGCUUUUGAGGACGAAUCUUUUUUUACCAGUGUUGUGCGUCAUUCUAUUAUCUACUAUGAUUGAACUGUCCUCUUAGUAGCGUCUUGUGCCUUGAGAAGUUUCACAAACUUUAUAUUAUGUUCGUGAGUAAUAACCAAAAGAAUCUCAUUUACAAGACAAA